AUGUCUGGAAGAGGCAAAGGCGGAAAGGGACUCGGAAAAGGAGGCGCGAAGCGUCAUCACAAAGUGUUGCGCGAUAACAUCCAAGGCAUCACCAAGCCUGCCAUCCGUCGUCUUGCUCGACGCGGAGGAGUGAAACGUAUCUCCGGUCUCAUCUAUGAGGAGACUCGCGGUGUCCUGAAGGUGUUUCUGGAGAACGUCAUCCGUGACGCCGUCACCUACACCGAGCACGCCAAGAGAAAGACCGUCACCGCCAUGGACGUCGUGUACGCGCUGAAACGACAGGGACGCACUCUGUACGGCUUCGGAGGUUAA